AUGCAGUUAUUCGUCUGUAAUGAAAAUCAUUUAGCUCCCGAGUCGCCCGCCUGGGAUACGGCCUUUGCUCAGGACGAACAAGACAUUCCGUCCGCGACUCUCGACUGGUCCCAAGCCGGCGAGCUGGAGAAAGUGCUCAGAGACCUAUACUUUCAGUAUUUCCAUCCGCAUUGGCCAUUCCUCGAUGCUAGAGACAAUGAGCCAGCCCUCCAGAAUCCGCACAGCGACAAAGCUGAUCGCAAAGCGCGGCAUCUCGCCAUGAUCUUCGUGGCGUUUGGCUAUCUCAGUGAGUCCCAGCUCGAGAGCACACCAUUUUCAUCCAUCCACGAAGGUCAGAGCGUCCUCUUCGACCAAGCCAGGAGGUACUUCCAUCAAGACGAGACCAUAAACCCUGUUGUCCAAGCCGAGACCUGCUUGCUGCUGAGCCACUGGGGCCCUUAUAGCUCCGAGACUGAGGUCAACCACUACUGGGCUGAUCUGGCCCUGAGCAAGGCACGGACGGCGCGCGAAUCAAUGACCGACAAGCACCACGACGCCAGGAGGAUCCUCCUGCUGUGGAAAUGCUGCCUGAUCAGGAAGCGAAUUCUGGCCUUCCACACCCCCCUCGACGAUAUCGUCGCCGACGAUACAGUUGCCGAUGACGGCGCGCAUGUCAAAGCCAUCGCCUCGAGGAUCGCCUUCCCACCAAACACCGACGUCGAGGACGUCGAGAUGGUUCGCAGGUCAUUUCCGCUGGCGUGCCAGCUCAGCGACAUUGUGGCCCGGUUCUGCGCGUUUCGAGACCGCGCGACAAAUCCGUUCAGUUCAGACGACAUUUUCCGGAUCCGAGAGGCGAUUCACCGGUGGGAUGAGAGUCGGCGAGAGUGUCUCGUCGCCCACAGCAGCGCGGGCGAACGGAAUAUGGUAACCGUUCAGGUUCUCGAUAUCCUUCGGCAUGCCCUGGUCAUUCAGCUAUACCAGAUUCAUCAUCUCCACUCCUACGACGGCCUUCCCACGGGCGGACUCUGCGAGGGGCUCGAUCUCGCAGCGAUUCUGGAGACGGAGGCCGCUCCCCAUGAGAUUUCGAGGACGGCGGCAGCCUUGAUCAAGGUAUUGGGAAGGGAACGCAUUCCUUUGGUCAUUGCGACCUGGCUCCCAUUGCCCAUCUGCCUCUUACUAGUGAACAUCUACCAGCGAGACCUUCAAGCCGCCAGUACUACGGACAUGCAGAGCCUCGCCAAUCUUCUCCGGGUCCUGCAUACCCUCCGGGGUCGGUUCAGCGGAGCACAAUUCGUAACUCGGCUCGUCGAUGUUCUUGCACGCUCGCUACCUCACCGGCUGACCAAAGAUCUGCAAAAAGGACGUGCGUCAACCAGUAGCGUGACAGUGUCGACGGAUUCCCCCAAAAUGCGCUGCCGAGGCGGGGGAGACGAAGAUGCAGAUGCCGAUGCCAUCGACGUGUUGGCCGCCACGUCGGCUUCUUCGCUGGGUCAAGGGCACGAGCUCUGCCACCUGUUCUUCGACAAGCACGAACUGCAGUGGUUGAGGGCACGGACGGUGACGGUCUCGUGGGCAUUGAGAUUUAUUCAGGAGUGUUUUGUCCACCGGUCGAUUGUCGGUUGGCUGUAG